CCACAACAGCUAAAAGCUUGACGAAAAAAAAUCUGUUUUCCUGCAUAAAUCUCUGUUUUUCUGCGUCAAGAGACAUAGUUAUAGUGAUAGUUCGAUCUCAAUAUAAAGAUCAAAAGCAUCCUUAUUGUUAUAGGUUUACAUGGCCUAGACUUCAACCAUGUCAUCCGAAGACGUUCUGCUGAUUGUGAACCAUGUUAAGCACAAGAAGGUUGAGGGCAAUAUGUAUAUGAUGGACACAAGGAUGGCCUGGAUGCCAGCGAGUUCAGACACGUUCAAGAUUAGUCAUAGCUAUGCAGACAUUAGAGUCCAAAAGAUCUCGCCCGACACAAAAGACAAAGUGCAGCUUCAAGUUGUGAUGCAUGACAAUAGUGCGAACACAUUCCACUUCAACAACCCCAAGGGUCGUGCCGUCCAACAGGAGGAUCGCGCCAAAAUCAAAGAGCUGCUACAAAAUCUCCUGCCGAAAUUCCGACGGAAAAUAAACAGUGAAUUGGAAGAGAAAAAUAAACUUUUGCAGAGUAAUCCGGAGAUGCUGCAACUAUAUAAAGACUUGGUCGUGAGUGGUGUGAUCACGGCAGACGAGUUUUGGGCAAAUAGAGCAAAUAAGCAAGGUUCAGGCAAUACGGGGGGUCAAGACGUUGGGGUUUCUGCUGCUUUCCUGGCGGACAUUAAACCCCAAACAGACGGCUGCAACGGCCUCAGGUACAAUUUGACUGCUGACAUAAUAGAAUCUAUAUUUAGAACAUAUCCAGCUGUGAAAGAUCUUCAUGCCAAUUCGGUGCCAGACAAGUUAUCCGAGAGUGAAUUUUGGACCAAGUUUUUUCAGUCGCAUUACUUUCAUCGAGACCGUAUCAACAUGAGUUCAAAAGACAUAUUCACUGAAUGUGCAAAGACAGAUGAAAAAGAUAUACAAAAAGAAAUCCACACAAGUAUCAACGAUCCGUUUAUUGAUCUCACCGAGUUUAAAGAUGACACUUUGGAUGAGGGUUAUGGUGCGAAGGGAAUGGAGGCCCGUCAGCAAAUGAACGCCACAAAUCUCUCGAUGAUUCGCCGCUUCAAUCAUCACUCGACUAUGGUGCUAAAGUCUCUGGAGCAGAAAGAGGCUGCGUCGUCUGCUGCUGGGUCGUCGUCUGCUACGACGCAGAAUGGAACGAAAACGGCCGAGAGUAGCAAGGAGGAGGAGUCGGAACCAGAGGCUAAAAAGAGAAAGAUAAGAGAGAAAAUAGAAAUGGAAGAUCUUGAGGAUGAAGAUAAGGCAGCUACAUCGACAUUAAAAUUGACCAAAUUAGAACGCUAUCUCCACGGUCCGACACCGGUGGUCGCCACUAGUGUCGAGACGACAGAAUCUCUAAUGGAAGCAUCAGAGUCAGCGCUCCGCGAAAUGGAAACUUGGAGACCGAAUCUGGUGCAGGUUCUCGACAGCAAGAUGGCUCUUAGUGUUUUAGGCGAGCUGUCACCAGGGGGUGCUCUUAUGUAUGGGACAAGUCAACAACAACUUUCACAAAUGGUCCCGCAAGAUCUUCAGCAAGAAAUCAAACAGAGUUACUCAGCGCUGUGUGAGCUUUUACGCCAUUUCUGGAUGUGUUUUCCAACGAAUACAAAAUUUUUAGAAGAAAAGGUAAUACGAAUGCAAUCGAAUCUUGAGCGAUUUCAACAAGCAAAGUUAAAUCCAUUGAAGGACAAAUUACGUCAUAUCAGUUACAAUGUAAAUCUGACUGGACACAUAGAGGAACUCUUAAACGCAGCCUACAUCAAGUUCGAAACGUGGCAGGCCCGCCGACAAAACAAGCGGUGACAGAAUGAACAAGCAUAGACUAUGACAAUAUUUUUGUACUCGGAUGAAAAUUAUGACAAGGAAAUGUCACAGGUUUUGCAGUAACCACAAGAAAGUUCCAUUGUUCGAUGGUUUUUACCUCUGUCGUUUUGGCAGGGGUGCCGUUCAAAACUGUUUGUUGUUGUUGUUACCUUGAACACAAGGAAUUCAACCAUCUACGAAUAGCAGUGUGUUGUUAACUGCUCCGCUGUCUAAAACCAAUUCUUUUUCUUCCAAAACCCGUCAAGAAAUGUACAUUAUACUAAUCAAGGUAAAAAAUAGUUUCUGAUGACAAACUUUUUAAGACAGCCAUCCCUGUAUAAGCGUUAAUGAGUUUUGUGUCAGUUUGAGAAGGCCUGUGAUAUUCCUGUUGUGUUAGUGUAACCAUGGCAACUAUGUAAAGGAUGUCCGACAUUGAAGGAUAAAGUUGCAUGUGAUGAUGCAAGAGGGUUCUGAGCCCUUGAACAAAAACGUGAAAGAUCAGUGUCCUGGACACUGAAGUGGAGGAUGACCAAUAUGAUCUCUUGCAAAAACCCAUUACUUUAGGUUCUUGCCAAAAAAUAUUACUUUGAAAUAAUAGUCAUUAGAAAAACCCAUUACUGUGAACUAAUGGGUUUUGCCUCUAGCUAGUCCUACCUCUGUGAGUUAGUGUCUCCGUACUCCGCAUCAAACAACAAAAUAAUGGAUAGCUUAUAUGCACUCCGUGGUAUACUAUGAGCCUACGCUCUCAAAAAGGUGUAGAAGAAUCUCUUAUUGUAUAAAUAAUGGCCCAAGUCGAAAUGUCCUCGAGUCAAAUUGUCCCCGGGCUAGCAGGCAUCAAAACGCCCUUGAUUAACUACUUGCAAAUUUAUAGGCAUUUAGACCAAUUUAGUACCAUUCUCAUCGUUGAGCUAUUGGAAGGAGAGAGAAAAUAACCUUUUAAACAAACAUUUCUUUAAAACAUAUUUGACAAAUGUAAAUGUCGAAAUGAAUUCAGUGGAACCUCCCUUGCAGACACCUCUCUAUCUAUUUAGAUCGCUGGGUUUGGCCCCAAAUUGAUUGUUUCCAUUCAAUUUGAUCUCUCUAAUCAGGACACCUCUAUUUAGGAGAGCACUUGUCAGUCCCGCGGGUGUCCUUAAUUGAGAGGUUCUGCUGUACAUAGCAGACUGGUUAUGAUGGUACUGGAGUUGGACCAGAAUCUAAAAGCGAGGACACUUCGAAUUUCAUGACAAGGGGACUUGAUGUCCUAUAAUUGCCCAAUACUGCCAUGCAUCAUUACAAUCAGUGUCAAUCAUUCACCCGUGAUGACAUGUAUGAUCACAAUCAUUGUCAAACAUUAACCAGUGAUGACAUUUAUGAUCCUUAUCAUUGUCAAACAUUGACACAUGAUGACAUGUAUGAUCCAACAUUCAAACAUUAACCUGUGAUGACAUGUAUGAUCUUAAUCAUUGUCAAACAUUGACACAUGAUGACAUGUAUGAUCACAAUCAUUCAAACAUUAACCUGUGAUGACAUGUAUGAUCACAAUCAUUGUUAAACAUUGAUACAUGAUGACAUGUAUGAUCACAAUCAUUGUGAAAUAUUAACACAUGAUGACAUGUAUGAUCACAAUCAUUGUGAAAUAUUCACACAUGAUGACAUGUAUGAUCACGAUCAGUGUCAAACAUUAACACAUGAUGACAUGUAUGAUCACGAUCAGUGUCAAACAUUAACACAUGAUGACAUGUAUGAUCACGAUCAUUGUCAAACAUUAACCCGUGAUGACAUGUAAUAUGUGCUCCUUUUGUAUCAA